UAAUAAUGGUAAUAGUAAUGUCAACGGUACCAGUAACAACAAUUAUGCUAGCGUUAGUAAUAACAAUAUUAAUAGUAACAACGGUGAUUUAGCUAGUGUCGAUAGCUCCGAUACCUACGCUAGUUGUCAAACGCAUCCAUUCCUGUCACAAGGUGAUCUAACAUCCGAUAUUCUAGAUAUGUCAUUCGACUUAGACGCGCUAGACACGAACAAUCUGUACAUAAAUCCACUGGAGAAAGAUACUCAGCAACAACGUUCUAUAGGUAGAGCCCAGGUCAAGAAAAGUAUAUCCGGAGACACUGGCCUGAAGAGUUUGGGCGCCAGCCCGAUGGACGACGAGUACAAACAUUUCCAAUCCCCUUUCGAGGCGGCCGACCGGGGCAGUCGAGUGAGCCUGAACGAAACCCCGGUUCCAAAACAUCGAAAGACCCGCUUCCAACAGGGUGCCGCCUCGGCAACUCUUACCGCUGCUACUAAGCCCAAAACCCGCUUCGAAAAUCUGAAAUCAUCCAUCGAAAGCCUCGAGGACGCAGGAACGGCGGGUGCCACAUCCACCAGUAACAGUACGACCAAAAAAACACGGCGAUCUUCCUUCAUGCCAGCCAAAAGUAUAGCUACUGCGACCAAACUCAUCAACCAGCAUCUGUUUGGCAACCAAAAUCCUUCGCCCAGAGGUAAAGAGGAUACUAAAAAGUUAUCGUUGUCCAUAGAUUCGAUAGAAACAUCACCUCAGUUAGAAACACAUCGGCGGUCAAAAUCGAUCCUUAAAAAUAAAUCAGAAGCGUCGAGACUUUUAUCCGAUCCAGAAAGCGAAAGACUAUUGGCUGACAAUAUGUCUGGAUCCGGGGUCUCAGAUAACGGUGCUACGAUGGGGAGCGACUCAAAUACUGACUAUUCCGGUUGUACAAUGAUCGCCACCUCGAUCACCCCGACAGCGCAACGGCAUCGGCUAGUACACCAGCGUUCGACGCCGGCUUCAUUGGGCAGCAAAGCAAUGGCCAAGUUCCAGCUGCCUCGCUUCUCGCAGGAGGAAGUCGCACGGCAGAGCAAACCGCAGCUACUCAGGGGCGUAGGCAUUGGCACAUAUGUCGAUCAUCUCACCGGUGACCGCCGGCUCGAACCGGGCACCAGAGACAGCAGCACAGACUUUCUGUCGCAUACUAUGAAACCAGAAUCGGAAACAGCAUUUUCAACAUAUCUUGCAGCUAGUAAUAACAAUAAUAGGGAUAAAACUUCGUUCGCUGGGAGUAGCCUGACGUCGAGUGAUGAAAGUAAAAUCACGACCAGUAGGGGAAACUCGGUAGAAAACCACGGCGGAAGUAGCGGCUACGGAGCAUCAUCAUCGUAGCAGGAAGUCAUCAAACCCAACCUCAACGAAAAAUACUGAAGCUAGCUAAUAAAACAAAUCUGUAAAUACGCCACUCUACUCUACAACGCACUCAAAAUUGAAAGCAACAAUCCAAAGAAAACUUUCAAAAUGCAAUCAACAAUUAAAGUAUGUGCCGACGAAAACAGAAACCAAAAAACGCAGUGUUAAUAUUUAAGAAAUAAAAUCAUAUAGUUGAGACACAACGUAAGUUAAGACCUUUUAAAGACAUUCGUACUAGGAAAUAAAUAAUUUCGCCAGGAACCUACUUUAACACAGUAAAAAGCAGUGAUUACUGAAAACACACGAAAACGAAGCAAAUCGAUCAUUAUAUCACAUCAGAACUUAAGAACAUUAAUGUUUACCAGCGUAAGAGAAAAAAAAAAGAUAUUAGUCGCUACACUCUGAACGUCAAAUGCAUCGAUUAUAUCCUCAAUCGCACUUGAAUCUGCGUAGAAAAUUAAAUAAUAAAAGCACACUAACGGAGGUAAUCCGCAAAUAAAAAUCCGAUUGCAAUCACAGUGGCAACAAGCCCAGGAACAGCGAUCCGUACUCUAUGUGCUUCAGCGAAUUUUCAGUGCUUUCGUAUUGUUGUUCAAGCAGUUUCCGAAGAAUCGCCAUCAGCAGCAGCAGCAGCAGAAGGCAACGACAGUCCCGCCCGGCUUAUCUACAACAUGUCUGGUCACAUGUGGUUGAAAUGUGUUUCUAAUGCUCUAGCGGUUUUGUAAACAUUCGUUUUACUAUAAAAAUCUAGAAAGAAGCGAAUCUUUCUUGUAAGGAUUCGAUUUACAAAAAAAAACAAACGAUGGAAAAAAGACUCGAAGAUGAUUUUAAGCCAUGUUUUUAUUACAAGCAUAGAUUGCUGACUGUGAAUGUUAAAGAUUUAUUUGAGAAAGAAAAUAUGCGAUAAGUGAUAUUAUUUUUUAAAAAGAAAAAAAAAUCGAUUGUAUGUUUCAUACUGUAAUCCACUAAUUGCUAGGAAUGGUAAUAAUAUAGCCCAUAUCGCGAUAUUUGGGAAGGAUGAUUGUGUGUCAGCUGAUCUGUACAGAUUAUUAAAUUGAACUGCUAAACUGGAAUUGUUCUGAUACUGGAAUUUGUUUUAAAUUGCGUAUUUUAUUUGAUGCUACUUCCUGUCUAAUAAAUAAACUAUGUUAAAAUUUUGCAAGCAUUUUUGGGCUAAUCUGAAAAUAAAAGUAGUUACAUUAACUAUUUGUCCACGGUGUACAGUUUGGGACUUGAAGAACGGUAUAAAUUUUUAGUACUAUCCACGGAUCCAAAUUGCGACAUAGAUUCUCUAAACCAACUUUUUUUAAAAUAGCUGACAGAUCGUAUAGUCAUGCUACGAAAUAAUUAUAGUGCUUGUACACAUCUUAGGUUUUUAGGUCUUUUGUAAACAACUUUUUUCCGCUUAGUGAAGUUUACCGAGAUUUUUAAACAAAAGCUGUUUCAAAAUCUUUGCAUGACGAAACUGGGUAAGCAUGACUCGCAGUAUGGAUCAGCAUAAAACGUUUGAAGGACAUUUUUUUGCGAUAAAAUGCAUUUUUUUGCAAAUGAGAUAUAAAUUCGCAGUGUCUGAUGAAAUGUUCCUGUUUAUUACAACCACCAAGAACAAAAAUAUAAGCUUGAACAAUUUUUUCGACAAACUAAACUGUAAACAUUUAAAUUAUAAUAUAUUGAAAAUCACCAUAGCACACAGGAUCGCAAGCCUUAAUCACUACUUUAUCCAAGUUUGCACACAAGGCUCGCUUAAAGAUUGCUGACCGAUCGUUGCGUUGGCUAGUGACAUGUUGCUACUUACUGAUGGCAAUUGAAAACGACAGUUUUGUUUCCUGCACACAUUGAAAACUUUACUUAGAUGCCCACGAAAAGCUACAUUCAAAACGGAUAAUCGGGAGCUUAAAUGUAUCUGUUUUUUUUCGCUUUCGAACUUCUAACGAAAAACUCCCAAAUGAUUCGUUGGUGUUCAACCAACCUGCAUACCUAGGCAAUAAAACAUCGAAUCCCAUCGUUGUUGGCUGCACAACACAGAUAUAACUUGAAUAACACAUACCAACGUGUCCAUGCUGUCCCAUUUGUGAUCACUGCUGCAAUGAGAAGUUUAUAUAGCUCGUUCGAAGAGCAAGUAAUUAUAUGUCGUUAUGGCCUAGGAUGUAAAUAGGCGUUUUUAACGAGUAAAUGUUUGUCGGUCCUAGUCCUGACGCUACUCGCUACGUCGUCCACAACAUAAUUUCACAGGUACAGAGGAGUACUACAAGCUAACAUCCUAAAAAUAUUUUUUUAUUCUCUACAAAUUUCAAAAAGCAUGAACAUUUUAUAACUAUGUAAUUUAGUUAUAAAAUGUUUAUGCUUUUUAAAAUUGCCAUACACAAAAAAGUUUUUUUUCUCGCUUUCCUCAAAUUUUCAACUUUCAACGUUUAAUGUAUUCAACAAGUGAUUUUAACAUGCAAACAAUGUAUUUGUAUGAUUAAUGGGAAUGUUGUGAAGAGGUUUUCAUAGUGAUGACAACAUACAAUCGUGUUUUGAAUAUUCUAUGGCGAUUAUUCCAUAACCCGCCAAAAGGCGGGGUUGGGCAGCAGAGGGUUAAAUUCAAAAAAAUAAUUUUGUUACAGUAAUUUAUCACUCCGCAAUAAUCUUGAAUGAAAACUAAAAGAAUUCAUUACAUUGUUUUAAUUCGGAAUUUUCGCAAAAAUAUUUUUGGGUGACGAAUUCCUGGAAAAUCGUUGCGUUUUCAAGAUAAUUAAGGGAGCUUUUAAUUCAUACAAUGGCAGUAAUUUUCUUGAAAAACAGCAAUUCCGCCAUUUUAUUAGUAAAAAAUCCCCUUAAUUGAAAAAUUAUUGCAAAAGCUCAACGUAGGGUUUAGAUAACUUUUACAUAUAAGGUGCAUGCAAAGUUUGAAAUAAAUCGGUUAAGUAGUUCUUGAAUGGCCAUUAACACCGCAAAUCAUGUAUUUCCAGAGACGUUUCACAAAAAGCUUCGUCACCGAGUCGCUUGUAGAUAUUUCUGCAUGAAAAAAUUGCAGAAGGUUACUGAAAUGAUGUAGUAUAAUGUCUAAAAGUUUCGAUCGAUUCGCUUUACCGAUCUAUCUAAAAAAAAUUGACAUAAAACUGAUUUUUUUACGCUGAAACCCUCCCUCCUUAAAGGCUUGUGGUUGAAAUUAUGAGCUAAUUCAAAAUUUCCUAGGUUACAUCAGUUUUAUGUUAUUAUGAUGAAUCUUUAAAACGUAAAUAUAAAAGGUCAUAUUGUCGUUCAGAAGGUAUUUCCAUAGAAAUUUCACAAAAAACUAAAGAAGUGUAUGAUAUUCUGUGGUUGAAGUAUGAACAAUUUUCGUUGUCCUUCUUCACCAUAGCAGUAUAAUACACAAUUUUUGAAAAUUACCCGUAAAGAAAAUUGGAAAGUCCAAGUGGACAUCGUAGGGUACAGGAAUUGUUCACGCUUGUCCACGGAGGGGGAGGAGUUUUUUUUGUCCACGUGGUAUAGGGACCGUUCCCCUAAGAGCAUAAAUUGAUUCAUUUUUUUAGUAUUUGGUAAAAGUUUUAUUGAGAUAUCUCGUUUCUGAACAAAGUUGCGGCCAACGAUAAAAAAUGGAACCGCACUAUUUCUAGUUAAAGGAAAAAACAUUACAUUUUAGGUUAUGCAUAUUUUUCUCUAAUUCGAAGGGUAAUCCAAAUGCCAGUCGCCAUAUGCUCGAACCUCAUGUCACGUGACACAAUACUACCUCACAAGUUGGCGGAAAAUAAUCAAAAAGAUGGUGGAAGCAAACGGGAUUGUUUUCAACCAAGAAACUGAAAUAGUGUUGGCGAGACCGGCCGAAAAGAGCUUAAAAGCGGUCGGUAAAAUUUUGAUAGCUUUUCCACAAACUCUGGCUUUAAUUACCAAAUAUAAUGUUGGCAUUAAGUUCGUUCCAGUACACGGAAGAUACUCCGGAGCAAACUAGAGCUGAAGCAAACCUAUUGUUUAUGUUUAAAGGUGAAGCCAGAUCUACACAAAAAAAGUUUCGGUUGAAAUUACUAUUUUAGAGGGUUAAAUUAAUUACAUUGUACCUGGAAUUUUCAGCUGAUAAUAUUAUGAUUUCGCUGCAACCACGUAAACAAUAAUUUCUACCAUAUUAAUAUUACUUUGGUUUCUGAAAUUUUCACUAUGUUUGUAGUAUAUUCAUCUCACCGUAUGGUAUUCAUUUUUACUAUGAAAGUAUUCAAGUUGAGAACUAAUAUUCUCCCGUGAUGAUUUAGGUUCAUAGUAAAUUUUACCAUACACGAUAUACUUUUUACUGUAAGAUUUUGCUAUAUACCUAAAAAAAUAUAAUGUCACAAAUAAGUGCGUCGUUCUGCUAAUAGUUAUGAAUGCAUUGAGGGGUCUAGUUUUUUAGAAAAUAUACUUUAUUUGCGAGUACUUACGGAUGACUAUGAUGAAGCUUGAGCUCAAAUUCCAGACAGAAUUCAACUAGUCUGGUUUAUUGUCAUCCUAAAAGAAUCAAUUACAUCGACAGUUUGUCAUACCACUACUAAAAUUUAAUUUUAAACUUACCACUAGACUUUCCAGCAAUGUUUUCCGGACAUGUGAUUGUGGAUGUUAAAAUAUAUAUUUUUGUAGAACAAUAAAAUAACCAAUACAAAUAAACUUGUUGCGACGAAACACAAAAACAAGUUAAUUGGGUCGAAAUGGCGCACGUCAACAUUCCCUUGACACAUAGAAAUACUAUGUUUCUAAUACAUUUAAAUGGAAAUCAUAGUCAGCUGAAAUUUGUCGGUACAUUACAUUUAAUUUUACCAUAAUCAUGGUAAAAUUUGACAUUAUAACAUGAAAAUGACGGGACGAUAACAACACGCAUAAUAAAUACUACCGGAAAUUAAGUGAAUUUUUACACAAAAGUAUAGUUGGUUUAAAUAAUUAAAAUAGUCAGCAACACCAUAGAAUUUCAAUUGAUGCACAGUCCUUUUUCCUAUUAAGUGUUUGUGUUGACUUUAUUUUCCAUUAUUUUUACCAUUUGAUCCAUAGUAAAUUUGAACACAGAUUUAUUGUAAUGAUUACAAGAAUAUUAUUUUCUGUGUACCUAUUCGCCAUCUAAAGCUGGAUAUAGUUGGCAAGAUGACACGAAAAUGCGAUGAUGAUUUUUUUAUUUUCAUCUGUUAAAACGCAUCAAAAAUUAAAUUUUGAUUUUUAUAAACUCAAUCAAUAUUAUAAUUAAAUGUUAUUUCUUCUAAUAAAAAGUAAUGUUUCCUAUCUCUGAAAAAUAUCUAGAUGGUAAAUUUCUUGUUAUAUCACUAAGAAUUCGUUCUUCCGGUUUCAGUUUAUAUAAAAUGAAAUUCAUAGAUUCAAAUCUCGAUUAAAAAACCCGAUAGUGAGCGAAAAUCACUGGAUUAAAGAGUGCAAAUAUUGAGAGUUGAGGUUAUCCACUGAAUUCAAAAUUCAAUUUCUGGGAAAACAUUUUCCGUAUCUAAAACAACCAACCUAACCUCAACAAUACAGAAAAAAUUCCGGAUCUCAAAAAUUUGCAUUAAAAUAUCCAGUUAAACUGAAUGUUUUGGUGUUAAACAAAAGAACGAGUGUUUUCUAAUCACCUGUAAUUAAACUUUUUGUGAAACUAUAUGAUGUAUAUCUUAAAACAAUUAAAGUAGAACAACCAUCCCAUAUCCCAUGUAUUGAAAACAAUCCCAAUUGCUUUUGCCGUCUUUGUUUAUUAUUUUCCACCAAUUAGUGAUGUAGUAUUUGUGUAAUGCGAUGUGUACGUACAUAGAGGACUUUACAAUCUGUAACUGUAUUAGUGUGUUUAACGAUUUGUGUUUCUUCCACCUGUAAUACGUGUAGGAAAACAAAUCUAAAAUAGUUUUUUGGUCGAAUUAUUUUCAUUAUGGAACCUGACCAACCGGUAUUGUGCAGUUCAACAUUAUUAUAAAUACUUCCGGCAAGCAAUUUCAAUUUCAAGUGUGCGUGAAAUGAUUUUCUUAGAACCACAGACUAACAGACAUAACACUAUGAAGGAAUUCCCACAAAAAAAAUCGAUCCGGCAAUUUUCCCAGAACACUAGCUCCACCUUUUAUUCACAGUCCCAAACACUCAUUUGCUGAUGGGUUACCCCUCAGGUUUGGGAAUAAUUUUUUCCUAGUAGUUUAUCCCCCAUCUGCUUGUUCAUAUGUCAGUGGUGCCAUAAUUUCAAAUGUGACCACAGUCCCAAAUAUAUUAUAUAUAUAUUUAAAAUGACCGUUAAAGCGGACGAAGCAUUGUUUUCGAGUGUUAUGUCUGUUAGUCUGUGAUAGAACUCUAUAAGCCGUAGAAAAGUCUGCAAAAAAUACUUUCGUCAUCAUUAGACUGGUACCAAUAAUGAAAUCUAGUUGGCGCCUAGUGCGGAUAAGUUUUACGUUUGAGAGCCAAUCGAAAAUGCAGUGGCUACCUAUUAUCAUGGCAAAAUAUUUCAAUUGACUUCAUUUAUGUUAUUAUACUCUUUUGUAGCUACGUACAAUAAUUUACAUGGAAGAGAGUUAUGAAUAAAGCGAUGUAGGCUACGAAACAGUAAGUUUUCAAUUUACUCCGUAUGAAUUUAUUGUGUUUCGGUUGAAGUCACUCAAAGUUACAGCCAAAACUGUGGUUACCAGAAACGAAAAGGUAGUCAUCAUUGUAUCCAGUGUUGCGCAUACCUCUGUACAGGACAUGAUACACAGACUCUAAUCUAAACCGAAACGGGAAAUACUUUGAUUCGUUAAAUUCGUUGUUGCACGUUCACUGGAUUUUCAUUCAAUCAACUUCCUAUAUAUUGUACCUCUGCUUAUGUUUAGCUUAUUGAAGGUACAAUAAAUCUUUUUAGUUUUAAACAAAGUUCGUGGGAAUCGUACAUUCUUUUCCAAAUCUCAUAUGUGUGAUGUUGCAAAGAGAGAAAAAAACACCAUCAAAUAAAUCGUUGACCAUAGGACUGAACUGUUGUUACAAAUAACAAGCACAAGCUACAUUUAUAUUGUUUGAAAUUAGAGACAUGAUGGAUGCGAUAUUAUUGAUGAACAAUUCCAGUUAGCUCUACUUUCCUAUAAAUUCUCACACACUUCUAUUUCCUGACAUCAUUCAACCUAUAAUGUUUCGGACAAUCAAUCUUUUACAGCAGCGAAACCGGUGUGAAAACAAUGUGAAAACAUAAAACAUUGACGAUAGUUGAAAUCAACCGAAUUUCACUAACAAUUUCUGACCCAUUUAUAGGUAGGAUUAUCGAAUAGCAAAAGUAAUCUAAAAAGAACGUAAAUCAAUAAAUCAAUCACCCAUACGUAUUUCGAUCUCUCGCUAUACAGUGCACACUCCAUUUCCGUCUCCUAUAAAUAAAUAUUGAAAACGCCGAACAAAUCGAUAAAUCCAGCAAAACAAUGGGAAGGAAAUACAUCAAUCGAAAGCAAUACAAUCUUUAAUGUAAUUGAAGUCUUGUUUCGAAUUUAAAAGAAGGGAUGUAGUGAGAAGUGAAAAACAAAAAUCAUUUUACACAUCACUUUCAACCGGCUAUUGCUUGUGAUACAAAUUUCAUAAACAAAACUACAACCGUUCUGUCGUUUACUAACGCAGCUGCUUUCAUACACAGUAAUCUUAGAGAAAGUGUUAGCCCAUUUCAUUUACGUAUAGUUACCAGCUAAGCGUACAUACAUAAACAAACUAAGGUGAAACUCUAGUCUAGACGAAAAAAAUACGGGGUUGUAUAAUAUUAAGUCGAUUCGAGGAAUUAAGUACGUAUCGUUUAGCCGCAGUUACAAAAAUAUCGUGGUUGCAAGAUUUUCUCUGACAGCGAAUCAAAACGAUAUGGAUAUAAUGAAGAGAAAAAAUAAUGAAAAUGAUGGCUUAUAUCUGUGAUUUAAUUAAACAAAAAAUAAAAGUUGAACAAUGUUAGCAAAACAGUGUGGAUUGAAAAGUAAAUUUAAAACUAUGUUAACACUGAAAUAUGACAAAAAUGUGCUUUUAAAUAUUUUCGAUAUGAAGACAUUAUAUAUACAAAGCGCGACAAGGACAAAAUCGAUACAAAUCUACGAUGAAGCAGAAAUCAACGUCUGGACCGCAACUAACCAGAAAAUAAAUAAGAACAACAAAAAAAGGGAAAAUAAUUCUAAUUUAAUAUCUUAUAUAUGUGCAAAACAGCUAAAAUUAAGCAUAGAAACGCAAAACGAUGCAUAAAGUACAUAAAGUUAAGUAGCUAAAGUAACAUCUAAUUAUUCACAAUGCAAUCGACUAUUUAAAUGAAAAUCUGUUGACAAAAUAGGUUUUUUUUUCUCACUACGUUAGACACGAUUGUUUCGAAAUAGGUAAGCGGUUCUUUUCGGUGUUAGUAGAAAGGAUGUUCCGUUGGCUCGUUUCCUAGAAACUACCAUUUGCUGAAAGUCAGCACAGAGACCACAACCGUAGCUUUAUGUAAUACAGGUAUUAAACAUUAGGUUCGUUGUUUCGGACAUGGAUUACAAUAGUUACGGACGUUUCGAUGUUAUUUGAAAAAAUCAAUAAUUUAUCAAGACGCUACUGUUAUUUUAUUUUCAGUUUGAUUUCAAAUACUUGUCUUCGGUCUGCUACUACCACACUAUAAUGAUAUUAGUUUUGAAGGAUCUCGAUAUGCCUGUCGUUGAGUUGUCGUUUUAUUUUAUUAAUUGAAUGAUUGAUAAAUUCCAUGCGAUACGAUUGGGGGCCGCUCGAAUACCGCGAGUACAUAAAACGUGUCAUUUUAGACUCAGAUAAUCACACAAGGAAUUUGCAGUGAAAUAAAUCCAGAAAAUCUGCCAUACCACUCUUCAGAGUUUUUUUCAAAUUUCAUUAGUUUUUAUUAGUAUUUUCAUGCAGGUCAAAGUAGACCUAUAACACAGCUCAUACGUUUCAUAUAGUUUCUUUCAUGACAUUUUAAACGCAACCAUUAUAGUACGAAAAAUUAAAUCAAAACACGAAACAUUUGCUUUCAAAAAUUUAACUUCUAACGUAGUUGGUUUUUGGUAGGACCUUAGAGGCUAUAGUUGUUGUUCAGAAGUAAAUUUUCCCAAACUUUUUUACUUUGCAAAAAACAGUUAAAUAUUCGGAAUAAUAUUGGCUUAUAAGAUGAAUGAUGUCUUAUGAAAAAAAACGUUCGCAUCAAUCGUAGUCUGCGCACGAAUGUUUUUUUCUAUCUCUGCAAAAUUUUCAGUUUUUCCGUGCUUAAGUUGUCGAUUUUUAAUAGGUAAUAUGUCGGUAAACAUGUGAUUGUUUCGAUAAGAGGCCCUAAUACAAUACCAGUAUUAAAAUUGCCAUUACUAAGUAAUAACAUUUAUGGAAAUGUAUGGGAAUUUCGUUAUUACUCGCGUAAUACGAUCAUCAAAGCUAUACGUACACGAGGCGACAGGACAAGUGCUACAAAAGAUACGGGUUUUGUUCUAGGUAUUCCAACGCGGAAAGAGCAACACCUCGUGGGUGAACAACUUAAAAGUAACAUUCACAAAAAUCAACCGAAAAAUAAGCUGGAAUUCUUACUGCUUCUAGGUUUGGAUAAUGUUUAUUUACUUUGCUCGAUUAGUCUGCUCAAUGAAAUAUUUUUGUCUUCAUUCGAAUUUUUUUACGCCAUUCAGUUAAACAUUUUUAGCUAAAUAAAAAAGUUGGUGGCAUUUGACUUCUGAACUACUAACGCUCAGGCCCUGUGCGAAACUAAAUCCGACAUAACUUAUAUAGAAGUUUACUAGUCUCCGGACGAUUUCAGAUCGAUUAGCAGCCAUCCACAAAGUUGAAGCCAACAACCAUUCAGGCGGUGCUUUGUUGUCUAAACUAAAGUCCCAUCUAGUAUCAAAUUGUAAAUGUGUGAUGACUAGAUUAAAAAUUUCCAUUGAUUCGGUUCAAAAACAAAAUGCAUAUGGUGAAGAAAAUUUAUUGAUUAAAUCUCGCUCAGGACUCUGUGAAAAUGAUCAUGUUUUGAAAGCCAAAUGGGUUUGAAACGAACCCGGAUUAAAAACAUAUUUAGAGGAAGAUGGGGUAAAACGCACCUCCGGGGCAAAAUGCACCCCUUGCUUAUAUCUAAAACUUAUGAAACUUGCUAGAUAAGGGUAACACCAGUCGAAAGUCCGCCAUAGUAAACAUACUUUGUCAAAGUUUGAUAACCGUACAUCAAUAGCAGCUCGAGAAAUAAACAAAAGACAAUAACGUGCUCUCCUCAUGUAAUUAUCAUGGCUCGUGCAACAAGGAUUUUCAGAUCUUAUAAAUGCAAUUUUUACUAUUAUAUCAGUGCAUUCCAGUUCUAUUUAUACCGUUGUUCAUUAUUCUGUUGCACUAUAUAUGAGAAAUCAACUAAAUAAUUCACUUUUUGCUAAAUUUAUAUCUCUGCUCCAUCGGGGGCAAAAUGCCCUCUUCUUCGAUUUUGCUGAAUUUUUUUAAUCGAAAACAGAAAAAAUGUUCUGAAAACCUACUAAUUGCAUAACCUAAGGCUAUUUAAUGACACACUUUUUUGUGAAAUUCCGUCAGAAAAUAACACUGCUUGCUUGUUCACCGAGCAUUCUGCCCCGUUAUUGUAAUGCUUUAUGCGCCGAUGUUGUGGUGCAUUUUGCCCCGGACAGAUGCGUUUUGAUCCGCUCAUUUUUCAAAAGGUUUUUCAUGUUUUCGAUUAUUUUGCAAAGCGUUAUGAUUGUGAUUACAGAGGAAAAUGUUGGCUAAACGAUAUCUUUAGUUAAAUUUUCCCAAUUGAUCUUCUAUAGCUGAGUUAUUAUCAUAUUUCCUUAAGGGGUGCGUUUUACGCUAUCUUCCUCUAAAAAUCGACUCAAUACUGGGUCGGUGGCGGUGGUUUCGUCAUGUCGCUCUAAAGUACAUAUUUUCCUGUUAUAAAAAUAUCUGGAGUACAUCACAUAUGUCGAUUAAACUUCGUUAUAUUUUUCAUAAAGAUUUUGUUUUUUUUAUAAUGAAAAGACUACGAGGAGAUAUACCAUACCUCACUGUCCCUUCCAAAGCCCCUUGGCUGUUGGCUUUUGAUUAUGUUUUCGAUUAAAUUAUUAUCUAGUUGCCUUUGUCCAUUUAACCCUAGAACGUUACACUUGCGUUUUCCACCUUAGAACGUUGCACUGGGGUAAAAAUAUACCCCACGCAUUUUAAUCGCAAUUUUCGCAGGCAAAAUUACAAACAAAGGAAAUGUAUAAUACAUCAUUUUCUUCGUUUUUUAAUUGCAAAAACAGCAGUGUAAGUGAAAAAAAGGAAUUUAUUGAAUCAAUGAUACAUAAAUUGAUUUGAACAAAAUAAAAACUGAAUAAAUCGCGGUUUUGACUUUUUUCAUAAACAUUACAACUUUGCGAAUUUUCAAUCGAUUUGAAAAAAAUCAAAUGCUUCUAAAAGUUGAAAGAAUGGUCUAGAAACGUAAUUAAAUGAAAUUUUGAUAUUUUUAAAAAAGUGCAAUUAUUUGGAAGAAUGAAAGUUAAAAAAUCGGGUUUUGGAAAAUACCACGAAAUGGGGUGAAAUUGAAAUGAAAAAAAAUAUUUCUGGCCAGUAAUACAUUGGUAAAACGCAACGUUACUGUUACAGCAGUAAAUGUGCGCAAAUUAUACUUGCGAACCAUUGCUUUGAAAAACUAUAAAAAAUAAACAACACAACAGUAAAAAUCAGCAAAAAUGAGAACAAUUUUUUCUUCCGCUUCAAAAUUAAAUUAACUGAAUAAAUUAUUAAAAACGAUUAUAUAAUGCUAAUUGUUACUUACGUAGUAAAGCAACCAAUAUUUAAACUGGUAUUGUCACGAAUCACAUAUCCACCGACAGCACGAAACCUGACGAAACACUAACGGCAACUGUGCACUGGGGUACAAAUGUACCCCACGCCAGGCUAUAAGCAAACUGGCUAUAUCACCUUUUCCUACUCUUACUAGGAACUCUAAAUUGAGUUUUGGUUAGGGUCCCAGGUCGGAAAAUGCUAAAUUCUCGUCUUUACAUGGCUUCAAAGAAGGCGUGGGGUACAUUUUUACCCCAGUGCAACGUUGUAGGGUUAAUAAUAAAAGUGAUUUGACAUAUUUCUAAUAUCGUAGAGCUGAUGAUAAUUAUCGGUCUGGACUGAUACUAUAAUUUCGCUUCUUCCUGAUUGUACACAAUUAGAAAAAUGCGCACUUAUGCGAAGUUCUAAUUGAGUUACAUUAUAAAAUUCUUCUCUCCGCUCAUUUUUGAGGAGCAUGUGCCGAUCAUACUUCACAUUACUUACAAGCACUGUUGAAGAUGUGUUUCAGGCCUAAUCUUAGUAAUAUUUCUCAUGCUUCUUAUUUUCAUAAAUACUCAAAUACUUGAAGUGAAUGAGACUGACAUGAAUUACAAUCUCGUCAAAUACAAAUGUUAAGUACUAGUACUGGCCCUAUCUUAAGUACCAUACCAAAAGGCCGAAGACACCUAUUUUGUGUAACUUAUACCAAUGGAUUUCUAAUGUAAAUUAAAUUUAAUAUCCAGUUCUCACGCAUUAUUCUACUGUAUUAUGUUGUUAUAACCAGGUAUUUGCGAAAAACCGAAGACAAAGCAUAUUUCAUCAAUCAGGCAAGGUCACGUCGAAGGCAGUUUGAUAUAUUUUCGAUACUUAGUUUUCACCUAACACACUGACUCGGACAAAUGGUGACCAAUUAAACAAAGCAGCAUAUAGGAAUCAAUGAACACUAACAACAUAACGAGCGCGGUUUAAUAAUGUCCUAAUUUUCAAAAUAAACAAAAGAAAAUCUUAGAAGUUUAUCAUUGAAAAAAAUUCUCGGCAAACAAAAAGAUACUCUAGGAAAUUUUUGAAUCUCACAAAAUUCAACAAACUCAAGAGAUGUAAUAAGGCAUGUAUAAAUAAAACAAAAGUAUAAACGUUUAGGCACAUGUUAUGCAUUCCAAAUUCUGAUCCAAAUGUUGUUACAACAAAUCGUUCUGUGUUCAGUUUGUAUUAAGAAUUCCAUCUGCAAAAAAUAAUUGAACCGAAUUCAUUGUGCUACAAUCGACAGGGACUAGAAACAUUAACAAUUGAUAAAACGGAAACAUACGUUCACUUAUCAAUUGUUGACCACUAGUUUAAUUUUAUUAUAGUUUUACGAAGCAAAACUCAACUAAUUUUGGAGAUCAUCCAACAAGGACUUGACUUAAAAGCACCAUAGGUCAUAAACUUCAUGCAGGCGUGUUUGUGAUUCGUGUAAAUGAAUCGUAUUGUUUAUAAAAUAAUUGUUAUAUACUGAUGAAAAUUGAGAGAUGUUAUUUUAAAAUGAAUGAACGAGUUUAUCAUGUAGAGUGUAUAUGAAGAUUAUCUAAUUUUACGGCUCGCAUUCAAAUGUAAUGUUAAACAAAACGAAUAGUCAAAGAUGCAAUUUUGCCAGUUUUCAACAACAAUAAGCAAAUAUCAAAGCACCUAUCCAUCAACCUAAUAAAAUUAUGUUAUGUCGUUCGUUAGUCAAAAAUAAAAAUACAAAAUUUAGUCAAAAUCCUUUUUUCCCACCCGUAUAGCGUAAACCAAGUGACAAAAGUGUUUAGGAUUCGCGUUAUCAUCCCCGCCAAAUGUAAUAUAAUAAAAGAAAAAAUAUCGGUGUCUUUUGAUUUGUAGUAGGCAAGUGACAAAAUGAAACUAUGUAUCCAACAACAAGAGCAGAAUUUUAACACGUAACGGCUGUCAAAAAAUGAUCGGUUGAAAAAGAAAACCAACUCACAUUAUAUUUACCGAAACAAAAAUCCAACAAAUAUUAAGCCGCACUUUGUCUUUUUAAAUGACAAACUAAAAAAGUCAGAAAAGUGUAACAUAUUUGCAUCAGACUCAUAGGUUAUCUUUAAUUUUUACUGCAAUUUUAAUCAAGAAACGACAAAAAAGAAAUCUGUGAAAAAUCUAUACAAAAUUUAGAUGAAAAAAGAACAAAACAUUUUUAUUGAUAAA